AUGCUAACGAUAUUGCACUUACUCUCUGCUCUUCAGGAGACAGUACUCAUUGUAGAAAAAAAUCCCACGAAAUUCUUCAUUCCCGCUGACGAACUACGUUCGAGGCAGUUCUUCCUGCAUGACGUGAAGGCGAUUGUACGCAAGGUUAAGGACAAUUUGGCCGACCCACGCGAUCUGAACAGCAGCCGAAAAUCGGUUAGUUUUGAAAUUCCCACACAUGCCACAUUGAAUGGGACGGUCAACCGGAAGGCGGAAAAGACCAAUGGACUCACACCGUCUCACAAACCGUAA